AUGUCGGUCGACAACGAGAUCAAGGGCAGAUUGGCCCUCAUAACGGGCGCCUCAGGAGGAAUCGGUGCCGGCUGCGCGCGCGACCUCCACAAGUACGGGGCCCAUCUCGCGCUCACCUAUUCCAAGGGCAAGGCAAACAUCGAUAAGCUUGUGACCGAGCUCCCUACAAGGCCAGACCAAAAGGUAUCAAUACACCAGGUGGACAUGGGUUCCACAGAUGAUAUCCAGAGAUUGUACAAGGAAGUCGAAAGGGAACAUGGACAUGGGCCUGACAUUCUAAUUGCAAAUGCGGGCUACGGCGUGCGAAUACCAAACAUUGUGGACAUCUCAGUUGAAGAGUGGGAUCAUACCAUCUUGAUCAACCUCCGAGCACCAUUUAUUCUAGCUAAAUUAGCUGUGCCUCAUAUGAUCGAGCAAAAGUGGGGACGGAUCAUCAUGAUGGGCAGCAUUGCAGGAUAUGGCGGAGGAAUCAACGGGUGUCACUACGCAGCAUCCAAGGCCGGACUCAUGGGCAUGGUCAAGAACCUGGCCAACAAACUGGGCAAGGAUGGCAUCACGGUCAAUGAUGUUGCUCCGGCAAUGAUUGGAGAGACCGGCAUGAUACCCGAUGCUAAAUUCCUCGAGGGCACACCAGGAGAUGUCAAGCAUAUUCCCGUAGGAAGAUUGGGCACGCCGCAGGAAUGCGCAAAUGUGGUGACGAUGUUGUGCAAGACCGGUUAUCUUACGGGCCAGAGUAUUCUUUUGACGGGAGGACUAAAAUAA